AUGGCCGUUCAGUCAAAACUACUACCGCCCGAACGGUCCAUCAAGCAGAUCCUCUCCAGCCUAACAACCCUCUACCUACGAAACCGCACCCGAAUCUCACGCGCCGUAUAUCUCGCCCUCUUCGUCGCACUCGCUAAACGAAUCCACAAUGCCAUCUCCGAGCAGAAAGCCGCGUCACAGCAAGUAGAGCUGCGCCGACGGCCUGGCACCAGCAGUCUAGGCGAUGAGGAACAACCCCGCAAGAAGCGCGUGGAGAUCAACCGAGAAUUCUUCAAGAACUUGCUUCGUUUACUGAAGAUCGUCAUUCCCGGAUGGCGAAGCAAAGAGCUACGACUGCUGGUGAGCCACAGUGUCUUCCUGGUGCUGCGGACGAUGCUUAGUUUGUAUGUUGCCGAGCUGGACGGAAAGCUUGUGAGCAACUUGGUGCGCGGUAAAGGGAAGGAUUUCUUGCUCGGUCUUUUCUGGUGGAUGAUUGUGGCUGUCCCUGCUACUUUCACUAAUUCUAUGCUCUCCUACCACCAGUGCAAGCUUGCUCUCAGCUAUCGAAAGCGUCUCACGGACUAUAUCCACGAGAAGUAUCUGUCCAACAUGACUUUCUAUGCCAUCUCCGCCUUGGACGAUCGAAUAAAGAAUCCCGACCAGCUUGUCACGGUCGAUGUGUCUCGCUUCUCGGACAGUCUGGCAGAGUUGUAUUCCAAUUUAGCUAAGCCUAUUCUCGAUAUGGCUAUUUACAACUACUCGCUCUCCAAGAAUGUGGGAGGUGAAGGGUUGUUCAUCAUGAGUCUGCUCGUGCAGUUGUCCGCCAACGUUAUGCGGAUGCUGACUCCACCGUUUGGCAAAUAUGUUGCCGAUGAGGCCCGGCUGGAGGGCGAGUUCCGUUUCCUCCAUUCACGGCUUAUUGAUUACAACGAAGAAGUCGCGCUUUAUCAUGGCCACGAGGCCGAGAAGGAUACCCUGGACAAGGGUUAUUUUACGUUGAUCAAGCAUGUGAACCGCAUUCUGCGCCGGAGACUUUACCAUGGAUUUAUGGAGGACUUUGUGAUCAAGUACUUCUGGGGAGCUAUGGGCUUGGUACUCUGUAGUGUGCCUGUCUUCUUCAAGAUUCCCGGUCAGGCUACACAUAGCAUGGGAGACCACACUGAAAGUUUCGUCACGAAUCGUCGAAUGUUGCUUUCCUCCUCGGAUGCUUUUGGCCGACUGAUGUUCUCCUACAAAGAGAUCUCGGAGCUGGCUGGUCACACUUCGCGUGUUUCCUCAUUACUGGAAGUGAUGGACGACCUCCUCGCUGGAAGGUUCGAGAAGAAACUGGUAUCUUCCGCUUCGACGGAAGUGAAUGCGGCGGUACUGUCUGGUCGGGGUAAAGUGAUAGAAAGCGACGCGAUUGAGUUCACAGACGUACCGAUCGUAUCCCCGAACGGUGACGUAUUGGUGCGUAAACUGUCCUUCACUGUUAACCCCGGCGACCACCUUCUGAUCGUCGGACCCAACGGUUGCGGCAAAUCGUCUCUUUUCCGGAUCCUGGGCGGGCUCUGGCCGGUAUAUGGAGGCACAGUGAAGAAACCCCCUUUCCAGGAUAUUUUCUACAUUCCCCAGCGACCAUAUCUGUCCCGUGGAACCCUGCGGCAACAAGUGAUCUACCCGGAUGGAGUGCGCGAGAUGCGCGCCAAGGGUGUCACUGACGCCGAUCUCUACGAUGUCCUAUCAGUGGUUGAGAUUGCGUCCGUCGUAGACCGUCCUGGAGGCUGGGACGCAGAGGAAGAAUGGCGCGAUGUGUUAUCCGGUGGUCUGCAGCAGCGCAUUGCUAUGGCUCGGUUGUUCUAUCAUCGACCCAAGUUUGCCAUUUUGGACGAGUGCACAUCCUCGGUGACGCUAGAAAUUGAGAAAGUUAUGUAUGAGACGGCCAAGAAGCUUGGCACCACACUCAUGACUGUCUCGCACCGACGCAGUCUUUGGAAGUAUCACCAGAAGAUCUUGCAGUUCGAUGGACAGGGCGGAUAUAUUUUCACUGGUCUAGAUUGGGAACGGCGCUUAAAACUGGAAGAUGAGAAGGAAGAGUUGGACUUACAGUUACGGGCUGUACCCGAAUUGCAACGUCGGGUUGCCGAGUUAACGACUUAA